CUCCAACUUCCAUCAAAUUGAUCCACACAGAAGAAAAAAGAGAAGAAGAAAGAUUUUUUUUUCUUGGGCAUUUCCCAAGUUUUCUUUUUUCUUCUAUUAACUUUUUUUGUGGGGCAUUUCCCAAAAAGAAACAAGAAACUAUUAUUCCUUUUUGCUUCUAAAUUUGCUUUAAAUUUUUUAAAAAUGGGAAACUGUUUGAUGGGAGGAAACAACAAUGAAAGAGUGGUUCAAGAAGAAGAAGACGUGAAGAAAGAUUACAACACAAAGGAUCGCAAAGUGAAGAUUGUUCUGAGAAGAGAUGAGUUAGAGAAACUCAUUCUUUUCCAGUUAAACGCCGGCGGCGACGUUAGCGGCAAAGGAGAAACAACUUUGGCUUCUUUCGGCGAUUUUCUCAGGGAGUUAGAGGCGGAGAGAUCUGCCGGAGAAGCGGCUGCGAAGGCGGCGGAGGAAGAUGAGGAGUCUCGCCGGAGAUGUCGAAAGUGGAGGCCAUCGUUGGACAGAAUCACUGAAUGGCCUGAAGAAACACUUUCGUAAUCACUUUUUCAAUCCUUUUAUUUAAGUGAUUAAGGUUUUAAUUUUUUUCUUAUUAAAGAUCGGAUUUUCUGUGGGGGAGUUUGCGUUUGCCUGUUUUUUUCUUCCCUUUUUCCCGAUGGAUUUUUUUUUCACCUGAGAAAUGUUUUAUCUCAGAGUGAGAGAUCUUCGGUGUUUGAAAUGGGCAAAUGCUUAUUUACUCCAGAGAAAAUCCCAAAAAAAAAGAAAUUAUGUAUUUUCUUUUCGUCUCUCAUGUAAGGCUCAUCAAUGUGUCAACAUAAAUAAAUUAGAAGUUUAUAGUA